GGAAUAGUUUUUGUUUAUUGGGUUGUUGAGCAGACACUACUACCCCUGAGCGCUUUUUUUUCCGCUUGGGUCCCCCGAACUGGUCAGCCGAGAGUUGCUAGGCAACUCCGAGUGGUUCCUCUCUGGUAUGGCUGUGGGUUUUCAGCGGGAGAAAAGAGCCACUGGCUUCCUGGCUUUUCUGAGGAGACUUCGCAGUAGCGGACUGCCCUGAAGGGGAAAAGAGGAGACGUGUACAAGUAGGGACUGAUAGUAGUAACAUCUGGAUUGUUGCAAGAUGAGCUUCCUGUUGCCCAAGCUGACUAGCAAAAAAGAAGUAGACCAGGCGAUAAAAAGUACUGCAGAGAAGGUGUUGGUCCUCAGGUUUGGGAGAGAUAAAGAUCCCGUCUGUAUGCAACUAGAUGAUAUUCUUUCUAAGACUUCUCCUGAUUUGAGUAAAAUGGCUGCUAUUUAUCUGGUGGAUGUGGACCAGACUCCAGUUUAUACACACUAUUUUGACAUCAGUUAUAUUCCAUCAACUGUAUUUUUUUUCAACGGGCAGCAUAUGAAAGUGGAUUAUGGGUCUCCAGAUCACACUAAAUUCGUGGGAAGUUUCAAAACCAAACAAGACUUCAUAGAUUUGAUUGAAGUAAUUUACCGAGGCGCUAUGAGGGGGAAGCUUAUUGUCCAAAGUCCUAUUGACCCCAAGAAUAUUCCCAAAUAUGACCUUCUCUAUCAAGACAUUUAGCACAUUAACUACUGUCAGAGUGGAAGAGAAAGACACAUCUGGAAUCAGUGCCCAAAUCCAGCUGUGCUGUUGGGCUGGAGUCCUUCGGAGCUAUACUGUAUCCCAGCACAGAACAUGCCGACCCCCGAGGAGAGGCCCUGCGAUGCCUGCCUGUCUCCUCCCUGCACGAGAGCAGCCACGGCCAGUUUUUCCAGCGUGAUUCCUGUAACUUCAUGCUGUGUUUGUCUUUAUUUCUUGAGAUAAUAGACUCUUCCUAAAUGUUGGCUGACACAAUUUGAUUUAAUGAUCUUUAUUUGAUAUGCAAGUUGAAAGAAAGGCAAAUUUCUGGAAAAGUAAAAAUAUGUUGUUCACAGACUCUCUUAUCCUCACUUGUCCCCUGAUUCACGUUUAUAUUCUGCCUGAUCUUUUGUCUUCAGUCCUUAUGACCCCAGUUUUUAGAACAAAUUAACUAUUGAUAGUAGAAAAGUUUGUAUUUUGGAGCUUUCUAAUCUUGACCUUUAAAACAGUGUCCUGGUUUACUUGUUUUACUAGUGUUAGUAAAUUGCCAAAGAACUUGAACUUCUUACAUUCAGUUUUACCUAAACAAAGAAUUCACAAUCUUUAGUGAGAAGGUGCAGACCUCUCCCAGGAGUCAAGAGUGCUGCUCUUCCUGAGACAGAAAACUGUACUUCAAGGGUUUAGGACUGGAAGAAGAUACUGGUGUAGCUGGGGAAAAAAAUCUUGUGAGAUUUUCUCGUGAAGAAUUCUCUUCUAGAGAAUUAACCUGCCACCACUUGGGUAAGUUACUUCUCUCAAAACCACAAGGAGCACUAGACACUGACUUUCUGGAAUGGGAGAGUAGAUGCAUAGCCAGAGAGCGAUGGGCCAGGAGGCAUGCGACCUGCAGGGGAGCCCUCAGCCUCCUUGCCAGUCAUCCCUUUUGGUACUUCCUUUUCCAGCCUUUUCUGCCAGGAAAGGUGACCACAAAAACCUUGUCUGUGCGUUGUAGGAGGGAGGUUGCUGGAUGCUUCUGUGUCCUUCACUGAUAGAUGGAGAGAGCCACUCCAGUAUUAAAACAGAACCACUCCACCACCCCUUUCAGAGUCUUCUGUCCUCCCUUACCACUUGCACGGUGAGCGUGAUGCGUGGAACUUCAGCAGCCAUCCUGGGCCAUGAAGCCACCAGCACUAGGACAAAAAUGGAAUGUGCUGAGAAGAACCAGUAAAGCCUGGGUCCCCAAUGAUAUAAUGAGCUCCUGUGUGAACAAUAGACCUUCCUCCCCAGACUUCCAUGAAAGAAGGAAACAUCUUUGGUACCUGACACUGUUAGUUGGAUUUUCUACCGAUGCCAAGUCAUUUAGUAUUUGGUGUGUGGCAAGAACUCAUUCCAGCAGACACUCAGAACUCGUAUGCAUAACAUUGUCACAUCUUUCCUCCUUAAGGCCUCAGGGCUUCUUUGUCUGAAUUCCUGGCUUAUGUUUCUCUUCCCAUUGUAGUUGCCUUCUCUUCCACAUGUGUUUAUUGAGGGCACACUGUCUGCCCCAUCCUGGGCUGGAUGCUGCACAAAGACAGUUGAUUCCUGCACAGGAAAUAGGAUUCUCAGAGGAGGCAGUGCCUGACUCUAGUAGGGUAGGAGUUACUUGUGCCACUGGAGAAGGGCUUCUCACGAGAGGGGUUGGGGGUGUGUGUGUGGUGGCUGGGGAGAGCAGGGGAGAAGGCCAUGAGCUAGAGACAGCAGGGAAAGCUACCCAAACCCAAGGGUGAGGAGACCAGAGGUGCUGUGGAGAGAAAGGCAGAAAGGGUAAGUGAAUUGAGAAAAUGCCAUGUUCUUCCUGACCUGGUGACCACAUAAUGCCAUUGGAUAAUUCUUCA